ACGAAGAUGUUAUCAUCAAUGGGGAUUCAAGCAGUAGGCACAAAACCCCAUCCUUCAAAAAAUCCAAUCUUUCUCUCUCCAUCAACCUUUUCUUCUCUCUCUAAAUUCCCCAAAACAGCGCUCAAUCCCGUCAAAUCAUCGGCUUCCUCGUACUCGCCGAACCGAGAAUUAGACGAAAACGGCGUCGUCGUCGUCGAACAAGCGAGGGAGAAAAUGGGGGUCGUGGUAAAGCCAGCGCAGAGACCGAGGCUGGUGGUGAAAUUCAUAUGGAUGGAGAAGAACAUCGGAAUCGCCAUUGACCAGGUGAUUCCCGGCGGCAGCGGCACGAUUCCGUUGACGCCGUACUAUUUCUGGCCGAGAAAAGAUGCAUGGGAGGAGCUUAGGGUUAUGCUUGAGGGAAAGCCAUGGAUUUCGAAGAAGGAGGCUGUUGUGCUGCUCAAUCAGGCUACUGACAUCAUCAAUUUGUGGCAGCAGAAUGGAGAUUCAUCCUAGUAAGGUUUUUCUUCAUUUCAUUUUUGUACCUUUUAUGUAUUGCUGUAAUUUAGGGUUUAGUAGUGAUUUUUGGAAAAAAAUGAUUUGGUGGGAUUUUCAAUUAUGAAAUUCAGAGCUUUUCGAAUUCUUGGUUCCCGAAGAAUUGUUUUAUUACAUUGGUUAAUUAUUGUUUCUGCAAU